AUGCAACGGCCAGCUCUUGGGAUCGCGCUGCUGGCGGCGCUCCUGCCGUGUACCCUCGUGGCACUUCCGGUGAUGCCUCUCCUCUCGCUCGCACUACUCCGGGCCACCCCCACUCCGCGGGGACGACACGACGUCGGAAUCGCCGACGUGGAACAGCGGCUCCUCUCGCUGCCCGGUCCGGCUCCGCUCGCACGGCUGCGCGUCUUCUACCCGAGCAAGGCCGAACCAGAGGCGGCGGCCGCCGCCGGCUGGCCGCUGGCCGUCUUCUCGCACGGGCUCUGGGGUUGCUCCGCCUCGUACUCGGGCCUCUGCGCGGAGCUGGCGUCGCACGGCGCUGUGGUGAUUGCGCUCGAGCACGGCGACGGUUCGGCGACGUCAGAUGGCGAGGCGCGCGUGUACGGCAGCGUGGACGGCGACGACGCGCGGGCGCGGCAGCAGCGGCGGCGCGUCGCGGAGGCGCGAGCCGUGAUAGACUCGAUUGACGAGAUCGCGCGCCAGCUUCCUGCCGGUGUCGCGGUGGACAAGAGCAGGCUCAGCCUCAUCGGCCACUCCUUCGGAGGGAGCAGCGUGCUGCGCACUGCGGCAGACAUCGCGAGCGGGCGCCCCCGGGUCUCGGCGGGCUUGGUGCGCGCCGUCGUGGCUUGCGACCCGUGGAUCAGCGGGUACGACGAGACGGCGGACGGCGUCGCGCCCGUGCCCACCCUCGCCCUUCUAACCCCGUCGAUGAUGUAUCCCGGCAACGAGAGGAAGGUCGGAGGCGUGAUGCGCCGGCUCGCGCAGAGCAGCGCCACGGCCCUGUACGCCGAAGUUCGGGACACGCGCCACCAGGAGAUAUCCGACUUCCCGUGCAUCAACCACAGCCCGCUCCGCUUCUUCUGCAUGGCGGGCGCGCGGCCGCCCGCCGAGGCGCACGCGCUGCAGACCAGCCUCGUUGCAGGCUUCCUCGCGCUGGCGGGCGCGCUCGACGCCCCAGCCGGAUCAGAGCUCGCGGCGCAGCGCGAGGUGGCGCGCGGACUAUUUCUCGCUGCGGAGGAGCCGCCGCCGGAAGAAUCGGAUUACAUUGUACAUGGUGCGUCGCUGGGUGCGGCGGCGCCGCCGGUGCCAGCUUCGCCCAUGGCGCUAUCAGCGCCGGGCGGCUUGGCUGCGUGA